AUGGAGAGAAGAGCUUUUUCUCCGGCGGCAGCAGCAGCUCUUCUCUUCAUCGCCGCCGUCCUGGCAUCUCCUUCCGCUCCGGCGGCGGAAGGGGCGGUUGCGAAAGGCGCAUUCGAGGACAAUUUCAACAUCAUGUUCUCCGAGGAGCACUUCAAGACGUCGGAGGACGGCCAGAUCUGGUACCUCUCCUUGGACAAACAAACAGGGUGCGGUUUUCAGACGAAGCAGAGCUACAGAUUCGGGUGGUUCAGCAUGAAACUGAAGCUGGUCGGCGGCGAUUCGGCCGGAGUUGUCACGGCUUAUUACAUGUGCACAGAGACAGCGGCAGGGCCAACGAGGGACGAAGUGGACAUUGAGUUCCUCGGGAAUCGAACCGGCGAACCGUAUCUGAUUCAAACCAAUGUGUACAAGAACGGAACAGGGAACCGAGAGAUGAGGCACGCCCUCUGGUUCGACCCGACCGAAGACUUCCACACCUACUCCAUCCUCUGGAACGACCAUCAGCUAGUGUUCUUCGUGGACAGAGUGCCGGUGCGGGUGAUGAAGAACAACGGGAAGCCGAACAACUACUUCCCCAACGAGAAGCCGAUGUACCUGUUCUCCUCCAUCUGGAACGCCGACGACUGGGCGACGCGCGGCGGGCUGGAGAAGACCGACUGGAAGAAGGCGCCGUUCGUGUCGGCGUACAAGGACUUCAGCGUCGACGGGUGCCAGUGGGUCGACCCGUACCCGGACUGCGUCUCGACGACGACGGAGAACUGGUGGGACCAGUACGACGCGUGGCACUUGUCGGACGCGCAGAAGAUGGAUUUCGCGUGGGUGGAGAGGAACCUGGUGGUUUACGAUUACUGUAAGGACACCGAGAGGUUCCCGACGCUGCCGGAGGAGUGUUCGAUGAGCCCUUGGGAGUGA